UUUAUCUCUACAUCAAAUGUGGGCAUACUGGAGCGCACAUUUGGUUUGUUGUUUACAUUUUUGCAAUUUUACAAUUACUAAUGGAGAAUAACAAUAAUAAUUUGGGCAAACUGACAGAGGAGUCUUUAAAGCGCAAAGAACGAUUGCAAAAACUCCGCGAGCAAGCACAAAACAAAACAACCGAUGGGGCUUCGCAGGCUGAGCAACUUCCAAAACCGAUAUUUCGCAGCUAUAGGCCACAAAAUGAAAGCACUGAGGGUGAGGUGUUACCGCAAGAACCUACGGGGAAUAUCGAGACUGCCGUUGAGUCUCAGCUAAAUUUAUUGCAACAGCCGAUGAUAAUUGAUGAAAUUGACAUUACUAAUUUGGCACCCCGAAAACCUGAUUGGGAUCUUAAACGAGAUGCUAGCAAGAAAUUGGAGCGUCUAGAAAGACGCACACAGAAGGCCAUUGCCGAGCUAAUACGCGAGAGACUGAAAAUGAAUCAGAUUGAGGACAUUAGCCAGGCAGUAAAUGUGGCUACGGCUCAUGUUAACGAACAAGUGCACGAGGAUUAUGACUAGAGCCCAACAAUAUAAAGUAUAAUUAAAUAGUACAACAAUAAAUAAGACUAUAAACGAAACGAA